AUGAAAGUGAAAAUAGUCAAAGCUAAAGUAGGGGGACAAAAAAUUAAUUGUUAUCUUGAACCAGGUUUUCACGGUCCUUCCAUGUGUAGUGAUAAGCUCCUUAAGAAAAUCAGCAGUAAAAUUAGCAGAAAGCUGACUCCCGAAGAAAAAGAUAGUGAAUUCGUCAGAGAAGAAACCACAGCUCCACUUGGAAUUGCUAUAAUUCCACUUACCUUCACCUCUAAUAUAAAAAAUAAUGCUCGACUUAAUAAUAAGAAAUCUAUUAUCAUACCAACCGAAGUGCUAAUUGAAAAAUAUAACUCUAAAUUGCCUAAUUAUAUAUUACUUGGUAAUAAUUGGUUCUGUGAUUGCAAAUAUGAUGAUGAGCUCCAAACAUACAUACCUGAAAUUGUAAUCGAUGCAAAAGAUGCUUGGGGAGGAGGGUUAUAG